CACUGGGAGGCUUUCUUUUUUGUUGUUAAUUUUUUCCAGCUAAUGCCUAGAGAGUUUGGUGCAGGAGAAUCCAGGGUCAAGCCACAACAGUUCUCUCCUUAUUCCACUCCAUUCCCUCCUCUCCCAGCUAAGCUGCCAGACUGCACUAUGCAUUUCCAAGAGCAAGAGAAGAUGGAUAAAUCUCCAGAGUUGGUGUCAUUUGAGGAUGUGGCUGUGGACUUCACCUGGGAGGAGUGGAGGGACUUGAAUGAUGCUCAGAGGACAUUGUACAGGGAUGUGAUGCUAGAGACCUACAGCAGCCUGGUGUCAUUGGGGCACUGCAUUAAUAAACCUGAGGUGAUCCUCAAGUUGGAGAAAGGAGCAGAGCCAUGGAUAAUAAAAGAACACCCAAACCAGAGCCUUCAAGAUAUCCAGAUAAUCAAUGAUCUAAUUGAGAGGAGCCCUGAAAGUCAUGUUGCUGGUGGUGCUGGAUGGUAGCCUGCAGAAGGUCCUUGGCCUUCUUGUUGUCUUGCAAUAGCUGCCUGUGGGCUGGUGGUA